AUGGGUUCCAAACUCCACUGCUCCCUUAUUCUUGCUCUCACAUUCAUCAUCUCAUUCUUCCCAUCGCAUUCAGAAGCAAGAAACCAGGCUGCUGAUCAGGAAGCCUGCAACCCGGACGAUCUCAGAAGCCUGGCUGAUUUCAAGGCGGGAAUCAAGGUCGACACAUCUGGCCGCCUCUCCAAGUGGUCUGGCAAUGGCUGCUGCAACUGGGAAGGCAUUGUCUGCAGCAAUGCCACUGGCAGGGUGACUGAAAUCCGUCUCCCAGGUCUCAUCACCACAGAAGAUUCGAUCUUCCAGUCUGAGAUGAAUGGCUACCUGUCUCCUUCCAUCACGUCCCUUUCUUCCCUGCAAGUUCUUGAUCUUGGUGGCCUCAUCAGUAUUGGAGGUGUCAUCCCGCCAUUGAUUGGCUUUCGCCUCCCGGAUCUCCAAAAAAUCUAUCUUUUUGGCAACAGGCUCACUGGGUCGUUGCCUGAUAGCAUAGGUAAGCUCUCAAAACUCCAAGAACUUCAAUUGCAUGAGAAUAGCCUCUCUGGAUCUCUCCCUCCAAGCAUUGGCAAUCUGGAAAGUCUUAACCAGCUGUUGCUGUAUUCCAAUGAAUUCUUCGGUCCGGUUCCUGAUUCAAUUACCAAGUUGAGGAACCUGGUGGAUUUGGAUCUCCACGGGAAUUCUCUAAGUGGGAAGAUACCAGGCAAGAUUGGCGAAUUGCAAGGGUUGAAACUGCUGGAUCUUUCAAACAAUCACUUGACUGGAGAAAUCCCAGUUUCCAUCACAGACCUGAGGUCCAUUUCCGUGUUGUAUCUGGAUACAAAUGAUCUCCAGGGAGAGAUCCCAUUUCCUUCAAGCUGUGGGGGGCAAAUGUCUUCCUUGGGAUUUCUCAGGCUGAGCAACAACAACCUAACAGGAAGAUUACCUCCAAACUUUGGAUGCUUGGUUUCGCUCCAGAGAGCUGCUCUUGACAACAACAAACUCCAUGGACCAAUUCCUUCAAGUUUAGGGAAUCUUUCAGCUCUAUCAGAGUUAUACCUCGGCAGCAAUCGAUUAUCUGGUAAAUUACCAUGUUCAUUAGGCCAACUCUCCAGGCUCAUUAUGUUGAACAUCUCGCACAAUAAGAUCAAAGGACAAUUGCCUCAAGAAUGCAUGUCUUCCUUGCACAACCUUCAGACAUUAGAUCUGUCAUUCAACCGGUUGAACCUGACCUCAUUCCCAAGAUGGAUAGCACAAAUGCCGUCUCUUUCCAGGAUACUUCUUGCUGGUUGUGGAAUCCAGGGGGAAAUUCCACAGUUCUUGUAUUCAACUCCAAGUCCUAUCCAGGAACUGGACUUGUCAGCUAACAACCUUACUGGCAUUUUACCAGGAUGGUUGGGGAAACUGACUAGUCUCUACUCACUGAAUCUUUCAAGGAACUCGAUUGUUUCAAACAUCCCAGAUACAGUUAGAAACUUGCAAUCUCUCGGAGUGCUGGAUCUUCAUUCCAACCUGAUGACAGGCUCUGUGGAGAAAGUUUUCGAGAUAGGAAGCAGCUUCCUCGAAGAUGGUACUUUGAAGCAUAUUGAUCUUUCUGAUAACCAGUUCACAGGUGGAAUUGAAAGCCUUGGGUUAGGAUCACAAGCUUCAGUGAACCAUCUCAAUCUCUCGAGGAAUUAUCUCGAAGGAGGCUUGCCAAGCAGCAUAGGGAGAUUGAUGUCGCUGCAGGUCUUGGACUUGAGCCACAACAAUCUCUCUUGCGAGUUGCCAGAAUCGCUAGGAAAUGUCAGCUCAUUAGAGAAGCUGAAACUGCAGAGAAACAAGUUUACUGGGAAAAUUCCAGGUGGGUUUCUGAACCUGAAGAGCCUAGAUGAACUUGAUUUGUCAGAUAAUCUUCUAGUUGGAAAAAUUCCUGAUGGUAAGCCUCUAAGCCAAUUCCCCAGAAGCAGCUAUUCUAGGAAUGCAGGCUUAUGUGGGAAGCCUCUGGAUCCCUGUACUAAUUCUUGA